AAAGGGGGGUCGGCAAAUGACUGCUGAAACUGUCUGCAUAGUGGGACUGCUGCACGCAAAUGCAUCGUGGAAGUAGCCGUUAGCAUACCAGCUAGUCACUAAACUCGCGUUGGUGCAUGUGGAGGAAGUAGGUGUGCGCUUCCUAACGUUUUGUUCAGCGCACGUUGUUGGACCUGAGAUUGACGAGAGGGGCAACCUGAGGAUUGCCCGUACAUGUGCCCAGAUUUGCUGCCAGUAAAGAAAAAGCUGCCAUGGAUCGGGUCCAACCAACCACAGUACCAGAGGGGUUCCGCUACGAGACUCGCUACGUUGUCCUCAGUUACCUGGGCCUGCCACCGGCCCUACGACCGUCAGAAGCGCGACCCACCUCUGCAGAAGGUGGCGAUGUGAAAGAGGAGGAAAGAGAGAGGAACAGAAGAAUAAGGUCAGAGAUCGACUCCGAGUUGAAACUACUGGAGGAGGAGAUUGCAGCCUCGUCCUCCACGAGCGGCUUUGACCGCCUCUCGUCGGCGGUGUUCAGCCCAGCCCAGGGGGACAGCUCUGUGGAGGACAGCCUGGCCGUGCUGGGGGACCGCGUGGCCCAGGACCUGGAGCCGUACCUGGCCAACGCCGCCCACACACUGCUCAGUGGUUCACUAGACUACGAGAGCUUUAGGAGUGCUGUUCAGGACGUGUGCUCCCACACACAGGAGGGCUGGAACCAGGUGCUGGUGCCUUUAGUGUUGCUGCAGCGGUUACAGGAGGACGGCGAGUCUGUUGCCACGGUGCUCUCUUUAGGGAUGCGCCUGCUGGAGGAGGCACAGGCCGACUUCAUCAUCCAGCAGGGAGGAUGGGGUGCUGUGUUUAGCUUGGAGGAAGCCGAGGACGCUGGCGUGAUCAUCGCCGAGGACAGCAACGAUAUUUACAUCCUGUCGGGCGAACAGCUCCCCCCCGACCACCUCAGCCCGCCGGCGUCGCUCCUGGCAACGGCUGAGAGCAGUGGUCCCGCCUCGUGGCAGACAGAGAGCUUGGCCGCGUCGCUGGUGUCGGGACACGAGUCGUGGGCACAGGUGGGCAUAAUGGAUCCUGAGGAUGCCAAGAGUCUGGACAGCAACGAGGGCGUGGUAGCCCUGGCAGAGGAGCGCAGCGAGAACAACUCCUCCAACUCGGACAUCGUCCACGUGGAGCGGGAGGAGGCGGAGCUUCUGGCCGAGGGGGAGGAGCUCCAGGAGAGCAUGAUGAGCGUGCUGGGCACGGAGAGCGAGCUGGCCGAGCUCCGGGCCGAGCAGAAGCAGGAAGAGGACGGAGCCGUCCCCGCUGCCCUCUCCGCCGCCGCCGCCCCGCUAAGUCACACGGCGCUCCUCCCAGACGCCCCGCAGCCGCUGCUGGUGCUGGAGGAGCCGGUGCUGAUGGAGGCGCCCCCCAGCUUGGAGGCGGUGCCCUCACUUCCGGUGUCGGCCGCCGCCGAGGUACCACCGGAACCUGUCCCCGAGUCCAAACUGGAGCCCCCUGCCCCGGUCUCUUCUGCCCCGGCCCCUGAGCCUCUACUAGAAGCCCCCAGUGUAGCUGUGGUGGAGUCCCCUCGCCCCCCAUCACCCGUGGCCCCCCCUGCCCUUGAGCCCCAGCCUGAGCCAGCAUUAGAGCCAGUACCAGCACCAGAACCAGCACCAGAACCAGUAGUGGAGCCCGUGGUGGUAUCAGAGCCUGUGCCCGUCCAGGAGGCACAGCCCGAGGCCCCCCCGGAGGUCCCGGAGCCCAAAGCGGCAGAAGUGGCAGCUGCACCGGUCCUGGAGGCCCCGGUUCCUCCGCCGGUUGAAGUGCCGGUCCAGACACAGGCAGCAGAACCAGCAGGCGAGCCAGAGCCAGAGCCAGAGCCUGAACCCAAGCCAGAGUCAUCGGAGCUGCCGGUCCUGCUGUAUGGUGGCGCCGCCCUGGUGCUCAUGGCGGCGAUUGCAGCCUAUGGAGCGCUGUCCUUCAGGAGGAAGUAGCACAGAGCCCUGCUGCCCCCCUCGCCCCUGCCACCCUGCUAUAAGCCUGCUCUCACCAGCCCACCCUUCGCCCACACCGGACCCACCGAGAUCUCAGCUCGGAAACCUGGCUGCCCUGGUGCCAAGCACCGGGCUCCGUCUGAAAUGUGCCCUCUUGCCCAACGCUGGGACUGUCUCACCUCAGCCUACCUCCCACCACACUGUUACUCUCCCGUCUCCAGUCAGGCCCGUUGGACUCGCGUCGUCUCAUGUGUCUCGUUCCCCACAGUCUCGUGAGGUGUAGAGUGUGUGUGUGGUUUAUGAUUUUGUUGUAGAAAACUGACACUUUGUCACUCCUGUCCAAUUGGAAGAGAACAUUUCUCGUCAUCAUAUGACCGCUGCUGUUAUUGUGGCUAUUCACGUGUGUGUGUGUGUGUGUGUGUGUGUGUGUGUGUGAGAGAGAGAGGGAGCGUGAGUGAGUGAGUUCCUGUUUCCGUGUAUGUGUGUAUAUUUCAUCACAGCUCCUAUGACCUUGGGAGGGGGGCUCAGUCUAGCAUCAUGUUGACCCCAAUAGGUGUCAUACUUUCAGUUAUGAUCUUUUCUUUCUUUCUUCCUUGUCGUCUGUUUUCCUCAUGCACUUACAGUAUGUAAUUAGCUUCUGUAGUCAGGCCGCUCUGGUUCUUCCACAUUCACUUCCUCUCAGCCGGAUCAGACAGACAAGUUUAACACUGAGGGGGAUCUAGAAGAGAAAUCACCUUAAAUUCACUGAGGCCGCCAACUUCUCAGUUUCAUUUUUAUUGGGGAACCCUUCAAACAAUGCUCCCCAGAGGGAAAAAGUUGAGCCGUCUGUUUUAAAUAGAGAGUAGAGACAUGCGAGAGGAGUGUAGCUACCAAAUUUCUUUCAAUGGAGCCUUUUUCUUCCCAUCAAUACUAGUUUAGUGAAUGGAGAAAAACAAUGUGCUGUUUUGCAUGGGCCUGUACACUCAAAUAGAGGCAUCACUUGAAGUUCUUCAAAGAACCACAUGUGCCUAUUUCCCACUGACACUGUCAGUGUUUGCUUUUAUUCUUCUCACUCUCGACAUGUGAUGAAAUGGAGAAUGACUACUACAGGGCUCUGACUUAGCCUUCCAUACACUUACAAUCCACAAAGGUGCAUCAGUCUGACCCAAUAUAAUGGAUGUCUUCUUGUUUGUUUGUUUGUUUGUUUGUUUUAAACUGCAGAUAUGGGUAAUCCUGAAAUACAAAAAUAACUCUGCUUUGAUAGAAAGGGGAGAUGUUAGUAUUUUAGUUCAUGAGAACGGGCUGAAUCAAGUUCCUAAACAAACGCCAACCCCAGCUGUUUUGAGACAAUGCAGAACUGGGCGUAACCUCUGAAACUCCUAAAUGACUCAUGCACAGAUACGAUCCGAUUGUUUGACCUAUAUCUGGCGUCUCAUGACGUCUGAGGCGCUGUUGGUUGAUUUAUCGAGAGCUUUAAACUUCAGCGUCAUGGGUCUAUCCAUAGAUGCCAUGGUGUCCAGUGAGUCUUAUAGUAAUGGCUGUGUCCUACACAUUCCUAGAUGGAGAUUAUGCGAGAUGGAGAGGGAUUGUACCCUGUGAAUGUGCUUGCAGUUCCUGCACAGAUGUGACGACCUCCUUCAAAUGUAGAUAGUCAGUCCUAGGUCUGUUCUAGUUAUUAGGGAGUGCUGAGAUAAGAGUUUGCCAUUCACCUGAGGGAGGUAAACUAACUGGAAAAAGAUAUCAAAAUAAGGCUCUGGCUCCUCAACCUGUACCUCAGCACAGUGACCUUUGAACUUAGACACUCACUGGACAUGGUGUCUUUGCUCACAGGAGCUGUAUGUUUGUUUUCCUCUUGCUCUUCAAUUAUUUUCUGCAGUUUUACCUUUUCUGUUUCAGAUUGUCUGAGGUUUAUGAUGAGCUGAGGUUGAAAAUAUGGAUAGUUUUGCUGAUGUUUUUUUUUUCUCUCUCCCUUCAUUAAAACUGUGCUGGAAA